GUAAGGUUUCUGGGUAAACACAACGGAGCAGGUACGAGUAAAUAUGCUCGCUCUGUUAAACUGACUGGAGUUCUUCUCUAAACGUAAACGCGGUACCAAGAGAAGCCUUGAAAAAAAUGGAUCUGGCGUUUGAUUUCCCGCCUUAAGGUAGAAACCACGACAAUAAUUUUUGGUGCGUGAACUAAGAGGAUCUCCAUAGGACUUCUGGAAGGAAUUGUCUUYGGACAUGGAGGAACUCACUCCUGAGAUAGUUGAACAGUUUCUUGACAAAAAUGAGGAAUUCGCUAAAAAUUAUUUCGAAAAGAAUGCAACAUCCGCUAUGGUGGAUCACUGGAUGUUGUCAAGGUCACAUCGACCUGGCUCGCGCGGUUCUAUGGAAGUUAAAAGACAGAGUAUAAAAACAUCGAACCGGGUGAAAUCGUUAGUGGGGUCGGUGACAAACGUGAAACUCAAGGGUAUACUCUGUAAAAAUGAUGAUAUGCGAACUUUAAGUCAGACGCAGUUAGAGUCAAUGAAUGAAAAAGAUCUCUUUAUGGAACUGAUUCGUGAUAUUGCAAACGAACUGGACAUCAAUCGCCUAAGUCAUAAAAUCCUUGUCAAUGUGAGCAUCCUGACAAAAGCUGAUCGCUGUUCUCUAUUCCUCGUGCGCGGUAAAAAAGAACACCGAGAGCUGGUGUCAAAACUUUUCGAUGUAACAGCUUCAUCGACUUUAGAGGAAUCGCUGCGUUCUGAAGACGAUGAAAUUAUGGUUCCAUUCGGAGUUGGUAUUGCUGGAGUUGCUGCACAAAAUGGCGAAGCUAUCAACAUCAAAGACGCAUAUUCGGACCCAAGAUUUAAUCGGAAUGUCGACCUGGCAACAGGGUACAAGACGCAUAGCAUUCUGUGUAUGCCAAUCAAAAGUCAUGAUGGCGAGGUGGUUGGAGUGGCACAAAUCAUUAACAAGAAGACCGAAAGCCAUUACUUCACAGAAGUUGAUGAAGAGGUUUUCAGAAACUACUUGACAUUUUGCGGCAUAGGGAUAACCAACGCUCAACUCUUCGAAAUUUCUGUUCAGGAGUAUAAAAGGAAUCAGAUUCUACUUCAGUUGGCAAAAGGUAUCUUUGAAGAACAGUCGAAUUUGGACGAAUGUGUGCAUAACAUCAUGGAAGAAGCACAAGAACUACUGAGCUGUGAACGGUGCAUGGUUUUCCUGAUCGAUGAAUUAGCCAGCAAGAAUAAUAAGGGAGUCGUAUUUUCGAAAGCCUUUGAUUUGCAUCUUGGAGCAGAGGAAGGUGAUCAAAAGAGUUCAUCGAAGACACRCUGGUCUAUGAACAGCGGUAUCGCAGCAUUGGUAGCAACUUCUGGACAGGCACUAAACAUCCCAGAUGCUUAUAAUGAUAGUCGCUUUAAUCCAGAGGCCGAUCAUGCAAGUGGAUUCAAGACCAGAUCAAUACUGUGUAUGCCAAUCUUUGAUAGAGAGCAAAGCAUUGUUGGUGUUGCUCAACUACUCAAUAAGCUGGACGGAAAACCCUUCAGCGAUAACGAUGAAAGCUUGUUUGAGGCAUUUGCAAUCUUCUGUGGCUUAGGAAUCCACAACACUAUAUUGUAUGAACAGGCUUGCAAGUUGCUUGCAAAACAGAGUGUUGCUAUGGAGGUCCUAUCGUACCACGCCAGCGCACAACCAGCAGAGGUUUCACGAAUCAUGAACAUGAAACUAAAAUCUGCAAAAGAGUACGAGGUCUACACUUUCGAGUUUGACGACACUCUGCUGUCAGAUGACGAGAYGCUGUUGGCAUCGUUCGUUAUGUUUUCCGAACUGGGUUACAAAGAGUUAUUUCACGUGAGCGAUGAGACGAUGUAUCGAUGGUUACUUAGCGUCAAGAAGAACUAUCGUCCCGUCACCUAUCACAACUGGAGACACGCCUUCAACGUCGCACAAAGCAUGUUUACUAUUUUAACGACCGGUUCACUCAAGAAGUACUUCUCAGAACUCGAGUGUUUCUGUCUGAUUGUUGCUUGUUUAUGUCAUGAUCUUGAUCACCGAGGAACCAACAACGCCUUUCAAUCAAAAUCUGAAUCGGCAAUUGCGCAGCUGUAUAGCACAUCGACAAUGGAACAUCACCAUUUUGACCAUAGCAUCAUGAUCCUGAACAGCGAGGGUAACAAUAUCUUUGCCGAGCUCAGCUCUGAAGACUAUCGACAAGCGAUCAAAAUAUUGGAACAUGCUAUUAUCUCAACGGAUUUGGCGCUCUAUUUCCAAAAACGUGGCGCGUUUGAGAAAGCUAUUAUUGAGCACGAGGUGGACUGGUGCAAAGAUCCUAAUAAAGAACUACUGCGGGCAAUGAUGAUGACAGUUUGUGACGUAGCUGCUAUAACGAAACCAUGGAAUAUACAACAGUCGACCGCAGAACUGGUGGCAGGUGAAUUCUUUGAGCAAGGUGACUUAGAGAGAGAACAGCUUCAUUCAGAACCAAUUGCAAUGAUGGAUCGCAAAAAGAAAUCUGAACUUCCAAAGAUGCAAGUUGGGUUCAUUGACUUCAUCUGUCUGCCGGUUUACAAGAUGUUUUAUGAGCUCGAACCUUGUAUGAAACCUAUGUAUGAUGGGUGUGUUAAUAACCGGGCAAACUGGCAGGCUUUGGCUGACAAGCAUAAGGAAGAAAAUGAAAGGGAAGCCGAAAAAGAAUCACAAGCAACAAAAGAGACCUCGAAAAGCGAUAACAACAACAAGGAAACGAGACCCAAAUCUGCUGACAAGAAAAGAAAAGAUGCUUCAACUACGAGCGAUACGGGACGACGAACCGAGAAAAAAACCUCGGCAGAGAAAAUCAAACCAACAGAAAAUGGAAAAGAGGAAGUGAAAAAAAAGGAAAAGAAAUCAAAAUUAUGUCGCAUUGUAUAAUAUUCUGGAACAAAUGCCUCACUUCUUCUUUUGUAAUUUAUAUUCUUCGCGAGGGAAAUACGACAUGGAAAUAAGGCAAGGAUAAUAUUUGCUUUUGUACAUUACCUCAGCGUGCAUCUGAAAUCCAAUGAAUCUCUAUAUUUAUCAUUUAUUGAUAAAUCAGUGUCUUAAAUGUCUGGACUGAUAAUCUUCAAUUAAAACUGCGUUCAAAAUGGCCGACUCUUUUUUUUUUAAAUAUUUUAAUUGUAAAAAAACUAUUUUCUACGUAGAUCUGGAUCGAAUCGUAUUCAUUUCACUUGUUCUCCAUGAGAAUGAUCAUUUAUUGUAAGCUUGCAAUUGUAUUUCAACAUAAGAUGCACCCUCCAUUAAUUUUGAAUAUGUACAGAUUGUACAAUUGAAUGACUCGUUAAUAUGCUCGUGUAUUAAAUACACAAAAUUUCAGGAAUGACACAUUUUUGAAUGAUUGAAAUGUAAGAGAUCUACAAUACAGAGUAAUAUAUUUUUUUUAUGAGAGAGAAACAAUUAUCUAACAGGAAAUGAUGUAAAAAUGGAUUGGACUCAAUAAAAUGACAGGAUUGAAUGAAA